UUGGAUGUUGCCCACCCGGCCGUGAAAGUUGCUUUGGGGGUGCGGUUGUAGGGAAGUGUGUGUGUUCGUUGUUUCCUGCUCCCUCCCUGGGCCUGUGGAGAUUGAAUAACGGGGUAGCGGAGAGGCUCUAUUGGGUGCUGGGCACGCCCCCUUAAGCCGUUUUUUCCUUUCUUUGCUGGAUCUGAAGGCAUGAGUAGCAAGAAACUAAGACGAGUGGGUUUAUCACAAGAGCUGUGUGACCGUCUGAGCAGACAUCGUAUUGUGACUUGUCAGGACUUCCUAGUUCUUUCCCCAUUGGAACUUAUGAAGAUGACUGGUCUAAGCUAUCGGGGUGUCCAUGAACUUCUGUGUCUGGUCAGCAGGGCCUGUGCCCCACCGAUGCAAACGGCUUACGGGAUAAAGAUACAAAAGUCUGCCAAUCUCUCAUCAGCAUUUCUAUCUACCACUCUUGCUGCUUUGGAUGAAGCGCUGCAUGGUGGUGUGGCAUGUGGAUCCCUCACAGAGAUUACAGGUCCACCAGGUUGCGGAAAAACCCAGUUUUGCAUAAUGAUGAGUGUACUGGCCACAUUACCCACCAACAUGGGAGGUUUAGAAGGAGCUGUUGUGUACAUUGACACAGAGUCUGCAUUUAGUGCUGAAAGGCUGAUUGAGAUAGCGGAAUCCCGCUUUCCCGGAUAUUUUGACACUGAAGAAAAGUUAAUUUUGACAAGUAGUAAAGUUCAUCUUUAUCGGGAACUCACUUGUGAUGAAGUUCUGCAACGGAUUCAAUCUUUGGAAGAAGAAAUUAUUUCAAAAGGUGUUAAACUUGUGAUUAUAGACUCCAUUGCUUCUGUGGUCAGAAAAGAGUUUGACACACAACUUCAAGGCAAUAUAAGAGAAAGGAACAAAUUGUUGGCUAAAGAAGCAUCUUUGCUGAAACACUUGGCAGAGGAGUUUUCAGUCCCAAGCUGAUUCCUCUAGCUUUAUUGGUUUCUGUCAUCUUUGCUGGAGGGAAAUGACAUCAUGUAAGUGAGUGUGAAAGAAAAUAAGCCCAGAGUCCUGCUGGCCACAGCUUUAGGCCUGUCCACCAGACCUUCUGCCAAAGUCACAUAAAAGGCUCUCUUCUUGACGUUGGGGGCAGCAUGCAUCAUUCUUACAUAAGACAGAAUAUAUACAAAAUUAC